AUGGAUUUCGAAUUAGAACCAACAUUAGAAUCAUUGAUUAAACAAGAUACAUUGAAAUGGAUUUUUGUAGGGGGAAAAGGAGGUGUGGGAAAAACCACAACAUCUUCUUCAGUUGCCGUUCAAUUAGCAUUAAAUCAUCCAAAUGAUGAAUUCUUAUUAAUCUCAACUGAUCCAGCUCAUAAUUUAUCCGACGCGUUCUGUCAGAAGUUUGGUAAAGAUGCUAGAAAAGUAGAUGGGUUACCUAAUUUAUCUUGUAUGGAAAUUGAUCCUGAAGCUGCCAUGAAUGAUUUACAACAACAAGCACAACAAUACAAUAAUGAUCCAAAUGAUCCAUUGAAAGGUAUGAUGAAUGACAUGACUGGAUCUAUACCUGGUAUUGAUGAAGCAUUGUCAUUUAUGGAAGUUAUGAAACAUAUCAAGAAUCAAAAGGUAGAUGAAAAUGAUUCAAAAGAUAAGAUUUCUUAUAGAACAAUUAUAUUUGAUACAGCUCCAACCGGUCAUACUUUACGUUUCUUACAAUUGCCUUCUACAUUACAGAAAUUAUUGGGUAAAUUCCAACAAUUAUCUGGAAGAUUAGGUCCAAUGAUGAGUAUGUUAGGUGGUGGUGCCGGCGCCCAACAAGAUAUGUUUGCAAAAUUAAAUGAACUUGAAAAGAAUGUUACUGAAGUUAAUGAACAAUUCACCAAUCCAGAUUUAACUACAUUUGUAUGUGUUUGUAUUUCUGAAUUCCUUUCUUUAUAUGAAACCGAAAGAAUGAUCCAAGAAUUAAUGUCAUAUAAUAUGGAUGUUAACUCAAUUGUUGUGAAUCAAUUAUUAUUCGCCGAUGAUGAUGAAAGCCCAUGUGGUAGAUGUGUUAGUAGAUGGAAGAUGCAAAAGAAAUAUUUGGACCAAAUGGCCGAAUUAUAUGAAGAUUAUCAUUUAGUUAAGAUGCCUUUGUUAGGUACAGAAAUUAGAGGUGUAGAAAACUUGAAGAAAUUCUCAAAGUUCUUAUUGCAACCUUAUGAUCCUAAGAUAGAUCGUGCUGUUAUUACUGAUAUAAAAGAGCAAUAA